CAGGCUGGAGCAUAAAGCCAGACGCCUGUUGCUGGCGCACCCGAGCGGGGGUCGACGGCUGGAGGGCUGGCUGCAGGCUGCAGGCAUGGCAGGAAAAGCCCACAGACUAAGUGGCGAAGAGCGAGAACAGCUGCUGCCAAAUCUCAGAGCUGUGGGAUGGAAUGAGGUGGACGGCAGAGAUGCCAUUUACAAAGAGUUCCAUUUCAAGGACUUCAAUCGAGCUUUUGGAUUUAUGACCAGAGUAGCUCUCCAGGCAGAGAAACUGGACCAUCACCCUGAAUGGUUCAAUGUUUACAACAAGGUUCAUAUAACCUUAAGCACCCAUGAGUGUGCGGGCUUAUCUGAGCGGGACAUUAACCUGGCCAGUUAUAUAGAGCAAGUUGCAGGUUCUUUGUCUUGAAAUGACAAGUACAUGAGCCUGAAUUGUGGAACCUCCCCUCAGAUGCCCCUUCUCUUGUGUCUGAAGAGCAUCUUGCCAAAUGGACUGUCUGACCAAACAAUGUUGUUCUCGAUGUUAACCCAGUAUCAGUAUUGCUGUUUGUUCUCUGUCACUGAGCUCACCCUUGCUGUACCCACCACAGUUGCCUUGGUUAAGGAAUCCCUACUGAAUAGUGAGUCUUACUCAAGCUCUUACAUUUUUUUACCUUUGAAACACAUCUUGUGUCAAGUUGCUUUCUUAUAACAUCCUUAGACUGUAGUUGUUCAAGCAAUAUUGUAUCAGCCCAGUCAAGUACAGUUGCAGAGUUACCUAAAUAAAAAAUGCU